UUAUAUCAAGCUUACCAAUUUUGGAUAUUGUUUCAAGCCUUAGCUCCAAUGAUAUGGUUUUAUCCUUUAAAUGAACUUGAAAUAUCAGGAUACGAAGCGUUUGCUACUGUUUUGUUCAGUCCUAUACUGUUGACAUUGCCAUACAUGCAAAACUUUCUGCAGAAAAAAUACAUUUUUGUUUUUUUAAGAUUUUGUGCAACCCUGGGAAUUUUGUCAUUUCAAGCAAGUACAACUUUGAACAGAUUAUUUCUGCUAUGUUUUGGUUGUUUUUUCCAAAUGCUCACUUUUACUAUUCCGCUCAGUAAUUCCAAUGAAGUGCAAAGAAAAAGAUAUGAAUGGAGUUUAUUGUUGGGCAUGAUAUCAUUUGUGGUGAGUCGCAUUUGGUUUGCAUCUUUCGUUCCUGCCUGGUGGGAUAGCUUAUCAAACACUGUUGUUUUUACUGUUUGUAUUAUAGCUGAUGUCUGCGUUGCUUUUCAGCCAGAUUUACUUGUCUUUCCUAAUAUAAAAAAGGAUGAUGACAAUAAACAUCUAGCUGCCACAUCAAAAUGUUGGUGGAAAAUUGGUGUUGGGUUGGGUAGUUUGCUAUAUGCAACACAAUUAAUAUGCGGGGAGGUGUCUGUGAUAACAAGGUGGACCGUCAAAGGAUACCCCAACACUGGUCCUAUGCCUUACCCUUGGGGUUUUCUAGUUUUAACAUUCCUUGUCCUGGGGACAUACAUAUCAAAAUUCUCCAAUGUGGUUUGCAGUAGGACGUGGCUAUUUGUCGGAUGUUCAUCAUUUUUUGGGCUUUAUUACCUGAAUACGUGGCUUGCUUUUUUGGCUGGUCUGCUGUUGACUAGUUUCAUUUCGUCUUUGUGGCCCACAAUGAUUUUAAAUGCAAUUCAGACUGGAAAGUCUCACAGAGUUAUCUCUUUAUCCGUAUUUGUUUGGUUACUUGAAAUGUUAUUUUCGGUUUGGACAGUAGCAUACAAUUUUGUGCCAGGAGGAAUUUAUACAAGAGAAAGAACCGGAACUAUGAUAUGCAUAUUAUCUUUCUGUUGGAUUGUAUCAUUUUUUGAAAUUUCUCGUGACACAACCACCAUCAAGAAGUACCUUGCUAAGCCUCACCAUCAAAUCAUCAACAAUAAGGCUAAUAUUCUGCUUCUAAUCCUUUCCAUCGUUGGAUUGUCAGGAUUUGCAGUUAGAUAUCCCUAUCAGAAAGCUGACAAUGUUAUGAAGCAUAACGCGUCAUUCACGGCAGCCAUCUGGACGUUUCAUUUUGGGUACGAUAAUAAAGGCUGGCCCAGCUUAGUUCGGGCUGCCUCUCUGCUCGAGGAGACGGGUGCCGAUGUCAUAACUUUGUUGGAAAGUGAUGCUUCUAAGCCAUUCCUGGGAAAUAAUGAUUUAGGCAUGUGGUUGGGGGAAAGACUGAACAUGUAUGUAGAUUUCGGUCCGUCCACCAGAGAUCAUACAUGGGGAAACUUGCUGCUCUCAAAGUAUCCUAUUCUAAAAUCGGUUCACCAUCUUCUGCCUUCUCCCGAAGGUGAGUUGGCUCCGGCUAUUACCGCCACUGUGAAUAUUUCAGGCAGUUUGGUGGACUUUGUGGUCACCCACAUGGGAAAUGAUCGGGAUGUUUUAGACAGGAAAUUGCAAGCCCAAUUUCUUGCUAAAGAACUGAAAGCAGCUACAAAUCCAGUUGUUUUUCUUGGAUAUGUCACAUCAGCUCCAUUUGGUCGAGAUUAUGAAGAAUUUGUAGCAAGAGGCAACGUUGAGGACAUAGAUUCAACAGAUGUUGACAGAUGGUGUGAAUAUAUAAUGUACAGAGGUCUCAGAAGACUGGGUUAUGCGAGAUUGUCUCACGGAGGAUUGAGUGACACGGAGAUACAAAUGGCUCGCUUCUCCAUUCCGACGCAUGGCGCUGAUUGGCACGAUGAUAAUAUCAUAACAACUAAUCCGAAUAAAGUUGACCAAAGUGUUAGAUUCAGUUCAAAAUUUGGUUCUCAUAGCGUUGGACAUAAUUGGCUGGAAGUGCACAAGUAUCACAUGAACACUCCGAAAUAUUUUCUCUAACGUAAUUUUUUUAUAACCAAUUAAAUAUCAUUUAAAAUUUUUUUUAUAUCCAAUUCAAUAUCAUGUUAGAUCCUUUUUAAUUUUGAUAUGUCACCUGAUGAUUUGCGCAUUUUAUUUUUGUUCAACUUUUUCUACCCUAGAUUAUGAAUUUCUCUUGUAAUCAUGUUUCUUCAAUGUGAACUGCUGUUAUAUUUUACGCUAAUUUUGCUAUU